UGCGAAGUCAAAUGUCUCCGACACACAGCUGUAGCCGUCGAUAAAGUCCCUAGUUAUGGAGUUUGAAGCUAAAAUAUAUCCUCUGAUUGGUGGAUUUGGGAGAUACAACAGGAUCAUUACGCUUUUCAGCUGGUUCCCAAACUUUGCGGUGUCGCUGAAUCUUAUCAGCGAUGUUUUCUUCACGCUCGUUCCCGAGUCUUACCACUGCAAACCUGAUCUAGCGUCACUGCCAUCGGCGUAUCUUCUCGGUAACCUCUCCAGACAAGCCUACCUCAAUCUUACCAUCCCAUGGGUAAAGGGCUCUGGAUUAAGCCACUGUAAUCUUUACAAGUACCCGGCCAAUAUAAGCAACUCCACGGAGGACGUGUCGAGGGAAGUGGUGUCGUGCACUGCUGGAUGGGAGUACGCCAAACCUGCAGGACUCUCCAACAAUCUAGUGACCGAGUGGAACUUGGUGUGUGCCGACUACUGGAAGAUCCCCCUCCAACACAUUUGUUUUAUGACAGGUUGGAUCCUGGGCUAUAUACUCCUUGGCACAGUUUGUGACUGGUUGGGUCGUCGGCGAACUCUUCUGCUGUCCGUGAUUCUCUCUGGUCUUUUGGGAGUCAUGGCUUGUCUUUCUAACAGCCCAUCUGCUUUCCCAUUUCUGCGUCUCUGCCAAGGCUCAACAUUAGCCGGAGUGUUUUUGUCAUCGUAUAUUGCACGUCUGGAAUGGUGUGAUCCUUCUCACAGACUGAUGGUGUCUAUGAUCAGUGGCUUCUUUGUCGUGUUUGCUGAGCUGUUGUUGCCAGGGCUUGCCGUGCUUUGCCGUGAUUGGCCUAUUCUGCAAGCUGUCACCACACUGCCUCUGGUGCUGCUGUUUUCCUAUUGGUGCUGUGCUUCUGUGUUCCCUGAAUCUCCUCGUUGGCUCAUGGCCACAUCUCAGAUUCCUCGAGCUAAAAAGUGUCUCCAGUUGUUCUCGACGCGGAAUGGCAUGUGUGUGAGGGACGAACUGUACCCUGCUGAAACUUUACUGUCAGAAAUAGACGAGGCAUCCCCUGAUGACAUUAAGCCAGAGUAUCACCAUGUUUUGGAGUUGCGUCACACCAGAGUCAUCUGGAGAAACUGCCUCAUCUUGGGCUUCACUCUCUUCAUUGGCACAGGAAUCCAGUACUGCUUCACGCGUAACCUGCACAGCUACUCGCCACACUUCUACUUUAGUUAUUUCCUGCGUGUGUUGACGGGAGCCGUGGCCUGCAUCUUCCUCUGUCUGUCAGUGGACCGUUUCGGCCGCAGGGGGAUGCUGCUGCUGUCAGCCAUUCUCACAGGCCUGUCCUCACUGCUGCUGCUGGCCCUCACACAAUAUCUGCGUGGAGGUCUGGUUCUGGUACUGUCUGUAGUGGGUCUUCUCUCCUCUCAGGCUCUGGCCAUGCUCAGCGUCUUCUUUGGCAGUGAGGUCAUGCCCACUGUUGUGCGUGGGGGCGCAUUGGGUCUGAUCAUGGCCGCAGGCUGCGUGGGAAUGGCUGCAUCCUCUCUAAUGGAGCUGCAAAAUAACGGCGGGUAUUUCCUACAUCACGUGGUCUUCGCCUCCUUCGCUGUUCUCUCAGUCCUGUGCAUCAUGUUGCUCCCGGAGAGCAAACACAAACCCCUUCCAGACUCCCUCAAAGACGGAGAGAGGCAACGGCGUCCUCCUCUCUUCCUCUCGCGCAUGAACCGGGACAACCCACCCUUGUUGCUUACGCAGCCGCACGUUUCCGAGUACAACCGGGAUAACUACUUGCGUCUGGUCUCCGCCACCAAAAAGAUCCUCGCCAAAGAUGCUCUUCCAUACAAGAUCGCCGUCUCGCCACAAGCGCCUCUCCUGCCUAGCAACGGCACUGCACCAGAAAACCACGAAGACUCCUCCUAGCAUUUUACCAAGGGUGUUUUGGACACAAAAGUGGCUGUUCUCAUUUACAAAGACCUCAUAGUUUAUAUGAUGGACAUUUUGGUCUUGGUGCUUAAACUGCAGAAGAGUAGACGAAUGAGACCUUAUCAGUGUUAAAGUGUUCGGUGUUUUUUGACUUGUUGUUUGUACAUUGAUUUUGUAUAGGUCUUUCCCUACACAAAUGAGCCAAACUCUAUGUGCAGAAGUUGCUGGGAGACUCUGUCCAUAGUCCCUCAGAAUUUAUACCCAGGAUCAUCAUCUCUCCUCCUCGUUUGAAUGAAGUUUCAGCAUUAGUAACAUAACCACUAAUAGUCACUUGAUAGCCGUCCCCUGUCCACUUAGAUGGUGUAUCUCAUGCCUCCUAUUAGUGUCAUCUUGUGACACAAGUUUCCAGCCAUCUUCAUAAAAUGUACUUAACCUCACUCACUAGUGACUCACUGAGUGGUGCUUAAAUCAUCCUCACAAUAUAGUUCUCUCUCCUCAAACUGGAAUGAAAAGCACUCAGUGACGUGGGUGUUACUAGUGAAACGUUUACUGUUUGGAUGGUCGAAAUGUGAAGGUGUUGUCUGAGGAAUGAUGCGAUUAAAUGCAGUGCGGCUCAUCUCAUUUGCUCCUUAUGUGGAGUUUAGCCCCAUCACAUUUCUAUCUCUCUACUUGUCUGUGUUAUAUGAAUGUGAAGUGUUGUUGUUGCAUGUGCCAAGCAGAACUGCAACAGAAACAAACCUGGCAAACCAAGGGAACUGUCUGUCAUUUUUUUAACUUUUAUUUCUACUACCUUUAAAACGGAAAUAAAACAUUUAUUG